UCAGAAGCAUUUUCAAUAGAUUCACCAUGUUCAUUUUGGUCUUAGAAGUCACCUUCCAUAUGCCUUGAAGUCUUAUUUGAAUUAUUUUAAUAUUAUAAUCUCUCAUAUUAUAUGAACAUUUUUACUCGAAUGUAAAUUAUCAAUUUUGAAAUGCUAAUAAAACCUACAAAUUGUAUGUGAUCAGUAUGAAUCUUUAUAUAAUUACUCCCCAAGUCAAGUAGAAUAUUUUGACAUGGUAUGUAACGGUUGCCAGUACAAAGUACAGGAACCGCAGCGACCGUUCUACACUAUCACCACCACAACCACGGUUAAAGAUGCCAUAUUGUCAGUUCUCCCACCAAUGCUGUAAAGGCCCUGGCGGGACUGGAACACAAAUCACGGACCGCAGUUGUCUACUGUCUAGUGUCUAGUACCGGACCACGUCACAAAUACAAUUUUGCUAUACAACAGAUUUGUCAAAGAGUCGCAGUUUUUUGUUUUAAUUAUUAUUUAUGUAAAAAGAUUUUGUGUACCUAGAUAUAAUUACAGUCACGUUUGAAAUCCAGAUUUCAAUUUUUGAAUACGAUUAUGGUAUCAUAAUUUUAUACAGCUAAACCUAGUGCCUUUACCAUCAACUGGCUAUAUGAGUAGUUCAAAUGGGUAAAAAAUUAGCCUUCCUUAUUAUUAGUGCUACAGUGGUGACGAUAAAGAUUACUAAAACAGUAACGCGUUCUAACCGCAUUAAUCGAUGCAAUUUAGAUUUAUCUUUGAUAGCUAGCCCGUGUAAAACUAAAACCGUACCUGGUUUUAAUGUAUCAGCCGUCCUAUAGGCAUUAUCAAAAUCAUUUUUUAACGCAGCUUUUAUUAUUUAUUAAGUGUUACAACCAAAAAGAUUUUCAAAAGACAGGGGAAAACGUUCGUUAUACAAAGAAUUUGUUACAUUGGUAUUUGGAACGAUGCAACGAUAUUCUCAAAGGGAUGAUAGUUUCGUUCGUUAAAUAAAAAUAAGAAGUAGUAGUAAUUAUACCGAGUGUCGUUAUAUCGCAGAUUAACUGAAUUUUGUAAUCACCGUCUACUGAGAGACGUCUCCGCCAAUACUAUAUGUAGUAUGUACAGUUAUAUGCAUUUUAUAUGAGAUGUCACGGUUUUAAUUUUUGGUUACUCUCACUCAUCCUAAUACAUCAUGAGCUGUCGAGGCCGAUUGCCAUUUUUUAGGAACUCGAUGACGAAACAGAUAUUCGUGUCCAUCGGCCGCAGACUUCGUUCGGUCAACGAAUAAACAACUCAACAGUGACGUUUCAUUUCAUACGCAGUUUUAACACCAACAGAGAGUGAAAAAAUGGAUCUGCCAUUUCGUCUUUAAAAGGCACGAGGGACGUAUCACACAAAAAUGAUCCAGCAAUGACACGUAACGUUCUACGCCAGGCAUAUUAAUGCUGUGUGGGACCUCAGAAGGUUUGCGUGCGAGUUGUCAAAAUCACAAUUGGGAAUUGUCAAACGUUAACAGCAGACAAGUUGUUAUCAUCGCAUGGGAGUUCGAGAAGCCGUUAAUUAUAAGAUAAUUGUUACUAAUAUUCGAUACUGACCGACAGAAUUCUGUUAUGCGAUGUUGCCAAACCUGACCACCUGGUCAGUUGCUCAUGCAUGUGCUUGGUUUAACAAAAACGACGAUGAUUCCAUUGCCAUAGUAUUUCCCAUAGAGUACUGAUUGUUCAAUUGUAGUGAGGGUGGCUCACCCACCUGCUGUGACAUUCACCAAGAAUUUGCUCACAUUCCUAUCACAUUAAUAAUCUAUCACCUGUUACUUCGUCAUAUCGGAUUUCGAGCGGCUGCUCAUAGACCCAAGCUCGGUGCGACUAAACAUUUUUUCGACGUUCGCACAACCAUAACUUCGUAGCAAGUCAAAGAGACCAGCUUGGACUAUCGCUGCCAAAUCAUAUUACAUACGUCAUAUACCAGAUUUAGAAGAAACGAGUACAGUCCAAUUCAGAAUAUUUAGAUAUGAAGUAAAAAAUCUUAUUGACGAAGUUCUUGGAGGACAACUACCAUUAACACCUCAUUACAUGACAGUCAAUCUCACACAUCAAAAAACACUACUGACUUAAACCCACCUAUAUGGUGUACCAAGACCUUCAACCAUAAAUUAAUUUACCUCAAUGUUAUUAUGAUAACAUGGUGUUUUUUCUUUGGUCCCAAAGCCAUUCUCCAAUAUUUGUGCUUUUCUUCAUUAUACUAGGUCCAACUAAUUGCAGUGAACAAUAAAACACGUGUUGAGACAUUUUGUAGAAACUAUGAAGUUUUUCUCAUUGGCAUUUAAUUUCUCUGAAACUAUAUGACUACUAUGUUGUCCAUCACGAGUAAGUGAAUGAAUCCAUUACCUAAGUUUCUUUUUUUUAUUUCGAAACCAACCAUUUAUAUAGCAUUAACACAUCCUCUUCAUCGGACGAAAUUAUUGAAACUAAUUAAUAUUUUAAUUUCAAAUAAUUGAGAGCAACGUUAAGUACAAAAAAUAACUAGCCAAAAGAAAUAAGCAUCCGAAUAAAUAAAGGCCAAAAAACGUUCCACGCACUGACAAAAUUCUUAGCAUCCAAAAUGUUAUUCAGAAAAACAAAAGCAAAAUUAAAACAUAUAACUAUUAUUAGACCCCCCCUCUCACGUAUGGUGGCAAAGUAUGGACGACAACCAAAAAAAAAACCAGUGAAAAACUUGGGAAAUGUUGAGAACAGACUAAGAAGAAAGUAUGUGGACCUAUUAUUAAUGAAGCUACGGGUAACUGGCGAAAAACAUACAACAAAGAACUGUACUAUUUCUUGAUGAAUCUAGUACCAGUAAAAAGUUUUAUCAAGUACCAAAAGAUGCAAUGGUUAGGUCACAAAAUGAGAAGAAGAGACACCCAAAAAGCCAGAGUUAUAUUAAAAUAGAAACCACAUAAAAAAUGUCCAGAAAAAGAUGGAUUAACGUGGUGGAAGAUCUGAAAACCUUGGGAGUAAAAGACUGGAAAGAGAAACUCUUAGAGAUUACACAUGUUAAAAGAAGAAGAAAAAGAUUACUGUGUUGAAUACAUAGCCGUUGAUGGUGGCAAUGGUAAUAACUGGUUGUUAGUCCCACCAACGCGGAUAAGAAACAUAGCAGGCUGCACUGCAAGAACGAUUUUGACAGUAGUAACCAACGCAGCGCACCGGUGAACAGUCCUUUGCAGUUGUGUACGGGUCCAUACAGCAAACAGCAAGCAUUUACAUCACGCACGAAGUAAAUAAGGUUUACAUAUUGACGUGAACACCAAUCAAUAAAAUUAUGGACAACGGAAUUGGAGUCAGCACAUCGGAGUUCUUCGGACACAUCACGAUUGCCAAAAUAAUUUCCAUGCUCGUUCUCGGCCUAGGAUCGUUUGUAUUGGGGAUGUUACCCAUAAAACUAACUUCUAAAAAAUCGUGGCAGCUGAAUGCGCAAGCACCAUCACAACCCAGUGGCCAUUCGCACCCCGGUCACUCGGCUACCGAUUCGUCACUAGUCGUAUCGCUGCUAUUAUGUUUUGGUGGUGGCGUAUUGCUGUUCACCACGUUUUUGCACCUGCAACCAGAAGUCCGGGAGAGCGUCGGUCAGCUGCAACACACACAUAAGCUGCCCGACGGCCAGGGCGCUGAAAACCUAGGUGACCUUAUAUUCUGUGUCGGGUUCUUCUUGAUGUUUAUCAUCGACCAAAUAGUACAUAAUAUAUUGGAUGGUUGGUACGACGAGGACAGCGAUGCCAGCCUGCACAGAUCGACGAGCCUGAGGCGGCGUAACCCUGCAUUGGUGUCGAAACCCGCUUUCCAGACAUCUGCUGAUUCGCCAACUACUCCCCCCACCGUCUCGGAAAGCCUGAACGGGUCUAGUGUAGAACAGUAUCGGCAAAUAUCCUGGGAAAUAACUGUGCCAACCAGACAGGAAUACCAUCAGCAGCAACAGCAACCACGACAUGAAAGGAGUAACGCGACAAAACAGUCGUCAGCAUCGCCGAGAGUGGAAGGGACAACUGGACAGUCGUUUAGAGGCCUGUUUGCCGUACUAGCGCUUUCGUUUCACGAGUUAUUCGAAGGCUUGGCCAUUGGGUUAGAGGAACGCGUCGAUCACAUGUGGUACCUGUUCUUUGCGGUGACAACGCACAAGCUCAUUAUUGCUUUCUGCAUCGGAUUAGAACUGGCCUGGCUGGAGACCAAGAGGGCCGUGCUGGUUACGUACGUGGCCACGUUUGCCAUAGUCACGCCAGCGGGCAUCACCAUCGGCAUGGUGCUCGUACGCUUUGGUAACGGAAGUUCUGUGGAUAGAGGUCCCGGACUCGUAGCUGUCGUUUUACAGGGGCUGGCCGCCGGCACCCUUAUGUACGUAGUGUUCUUCGAAGUGCUCGCUAGGUACAGGCAGUCGGGAUUCUUGCACCUUCUGUCCAUAAUACUUGGUUUCUGUGUUAUGUUGGGGCUGCAGAUGAUAACUCGUCACAGUCACGUGCCAGAUGAAAAUCAUCAGCAUUCAAAUCACAAUAAUAUAUCGCAUGGGCAUGAAACCAGCCUGAUGGAAUAAAUUAAGUAAGGAUAAAAUAACGGAUUGAGAAUUGCAGGAAAGGAUAGAUUGAGGAUUGGCUGGAAUGUUUAGAGAAUUGAUUAAGGAGAGAAAGCUUUUGUGUUGGGAGGAGACAUAUGGGCAGUUAAAAAGAAUGUGAAUGAUAUUGCAAAUGGCAAGAGUAGAAUGGCGAGUGCAGAGGGGGGAAUCAUUUAGGCCAAGCUUGAAUGAGUGCGUGGGUAGUAAGGUGUGUUCGAAGCGAAGGCGAGAGAAAGAUGAAAUAUUCUUGCGAGAUAAGUUAGAUGUGUCGAACCAAGGAGAGGAGCAAUGGAUGGCGCAAUGUCUCUGUACCAAGUCAUUUUUUUAAUUAUUUUUAUAAAUCUAAUGUUAUUGUAAAAAUU